AUGACCGAAGAUAUUUCUGAAAACAGUGAAGCAAUUCCAGAAAUCUGCGCAGGUGGAGGAGGAGAAGAAGGAAAACUGAUUCGCAGUAUUCCACCUAGAAGUCCUAAUUCUCCUUCAUGCAUCAAAAACAGUCUUUCUGUGAGUGUGGAUGAAGGAAGAUUUUUGGAAAAACCACCUCUAUCUUACAUAGCCUUAAUUGCAAAGGCAAUUCUCUCCUCCCCUGCGAAUAAACUGAAUUUAGCUGCCAUUUACAAAUACAUCGAAGAUAAUUUUCCGUUCUACAAGAACAAAGGUCGAGGUUGGAGAAAUAGCGUAAGGCACAAUCUUUCACUAAAUGAUUGUUUCAUCAAAGUGGGAAGAUGUGAGGAUGGCAAAGGAAAUUACUGGAGUAUCCACCCAUCAAACUUAAAUGACUUUGUUCAUGGAGACUUCAGGCAACACCGAAAGUCACGAAAGCGAGGGCGUCAGAAGGAGCUAGAGCCUUGCCUUGCUAUGAAUUAUUUCAUGCCUUGGGGACACUAUCCUUCCUACCCAGCACCAAAUUCUCUUUAUCAAAUGCAUUAUUUGUUAGAUCCUUUGUGGAAAAUGCUGUAUGCUGACAGACUGCAGUUUGUGAAUGAAUGCCAAAAAUGGAAUGUAAAUUAUGAUUUAAUCAUGGGGAUGUCUUCACCUCUACUACAGUCUGAUGAACCACAGAGCAUUCCUGUGGACCGGUUUUAUGGAUCUCCUGCUACUUCAGCUAUGCAGCAGAAUAUUUUUCUAAAUAUUCAACAGACAUUCCCUAAUUCACUUUUUUUCUCUUCUCACAAGCAGCAGCGAACUUAA